AUGAUCCGAAAACACAGAAUAGAUUUGACUGCUAUUUUUGAACCUAGAAUAAGUGGUGGGAAAGCUCAAAAGAUUAUUAAAAGAACAGGGUAUAACAACUGUAUUGUGGAAGAAGCUCAAGGUUUCAUGGGAGGGAUCUGGGUUUUGUGGAACAAGGAGUUCUGUAAUGUUACGAUUUUGGAAAAGAACAUGCAAAUGGUUCAUUUGAAAGUUUGUUUCUCCGAUAAUGUUGCGUUCUUAUGCACAUUUAUUUACGCCAAUCCUAGAGAAGAGGUGAGACGUAGCCUUUGGCAGGAUCUUCGUCGGAUUGCUGAUUCUAUGAAUGAGCCCUGGCUUAUCACCGGUGAUUUUAAUGAAAUCGCUUCCCCUUUUGAGAAACGUGGAGGUGCCCCGGUAGAUUUAUAUAAAUGUAACAGAUUUGCUUCCUUGCUUACGGAUCUGAAGAUGAUUGAUUUGAAUAGUUCCGGUUCGAGAUUUACUUGGCGUGGUCCUCGUUUCCUGAAUAUGGAUAGAGUUUUCAAACGGUUAGAUCGUGCUUGCAGUAACGAUUUAUGGAGGGUUACAUUUGAGGAGGGUCAUGACCAUAUCCUGUUCAAUCAAUUUUUAAAGGACAAUUGGCACGUGCAUGGGAACAUUGCUGAUUGUUUGAAGGUUCUUACCCCUUGCAUUAAGGAGUGGAAUGAGAAGGUGUUUGGGAAUAUUAAGCAUAGGAAGAAUAAGUUGAUGAGAAGACUUGAAGGUAUUCAAAGAGCCAUUUCUGAGCACAAUAAAGAUUAUCUGGAGAAAGUGGAGUGCAAGAUCAAAGCUGAACUUGAGGAGGUCCUUGAUCAAGAGGAGUUAUUAUGGUAUGAAAAGUCUCGAACUCAGUGGAUUAAUCAAGGUGACAGAAACACGAGAUACUAUCAUACAAAGACUAUUGUCAGAAGGAAAAGAGGUAGAAUCGUGGAACUCAAGGAUGAUAAUGGAAGUUGGAUUCGUGAAGAGGAAGGCCUGGUUAAGAUGAUCCGCGAUUUUUAUAUUAAUCUUUUCAAAGAUGAAAGCUGUCAUCGUGAGUGGAUCAAUACUAGAUGGCCUAUUGUUCCUGAGGAAGUCAUGGAUAAAUUAAGGGUGAGUGUUACUAAGGAGGAAGUUAAAAAAGCUUUUUUCACAAUGAAAGGCUCAAAAGCCCCAGGGGAGGAUGGGUACAUAGCUGCUUUUUAUCAAAAGAACUGGAAUCUGGUAGGUGAUCAAGUCUGGAAUGCUUUCCUAGCUUAUUUGGAAAACCCGCAAACCAUUGCUGAUAUUAAUGGUACGAUUAUUACCCUUAUCCCAAAGGUUAAUAAGCCUACGUUGGUUUCUCAAUUCAGGCCAAUUUCCUUGUGCAAUGUGAUUUACAAAGGCAUGAGUAAAGUUAUAGUGGGUAGACUAAAGGAAGUAAUGGAAGCUUUGGUUUCUGAUAACCAAACCAGCUUUGUCCCAAACAGAAACUUGCAGAAUAACAUUAUUGCAGCUAAAGAGAUUGUCCAUUCGAUGACAAAGUUUAAAGGUAAGAUGGGUACUAUGGCCAUUAAAAUUGAUUUAGAGAAAGCCUAUGAUAAGCUGAAUUGGUCGUUUAUUCGUAAGGUUAUCUCUGAAAUACAGCUUCCGUCUUGGAUGGUUGAAUUCAUUAUGGCGUCUAUCACAACUAAUAGUUUCAAAGUGCUUGUGAAUGGGGGCUUGUCUGAAACUAUUAUUCCUGAACGUGGAAUUCGACAGGGUGAUCCAUUAUCCCCAUACAUCUUUGUCUUAUGUGUUGAAAAGCUAUCUCAUCUUAUUGCUCAAAGGGUUGGCAGUGGUGUGUGGAAACCGAUCAGAGUGUGUAGAGGUGGUCCAGCAGUCUCCCAUCUCAUGUUUGCAGAUGAUAUUGUCCUUUUCUCUGAAGCUUCGGUGCAGCAAAUGCAGGUAAUAAUGGAGUGUUUAGAUCUUUUUUGCAGAAUGUCUGGUCAAAGUAUAAGUGUUCAUAAGUCUACCAUUUAUUUCUCUUCCAAUACAUCUGAUGCAACUGCAAAUGCAAUUUCUGCGCUCUCUGGGUUCAAAAGAGUUAGUAGCAUUGGUAAAUAUCUGGGCUCUUUUAUCAGGCAAGGGCGAAAUUUGAAAUCAAAUUAUGCUGAUCUAAUGGAUCGGGUUCGUAAGAAACUUGAUGGAUGGAAGCAUCAAAGUUUAUCUUUUGCGGGGAGAGUCACUCUGGCUAAAUCAGUGAUUGGUGUUAUUCCCUCUUUUCAUAUGCAGAAUGGUCUUCUUCCCACUUCUGUGUGUGAUGAGAUUGAACAGCUUCAACGGAACUUCAUUUGGGGUAUUAAUAAAGCUCAUUUAGUGGCUUGGGACACAAUGUAUAAGCCGAAGGAAAUGGGAGGUCUUGGUAUUAUCAGAUUGCGUACUCAAAAUGAGGCUUAUAUUCAUAAGUUGGCUUGGAAAAUCUUAACUGACAAGGAGGAACUUUGGGUUAAGAUUUUGAGAGCCAAGUAUGGCAGAGGUAAAGAUUUGAGGCGUGAGAUAAGCUCUAAGCCUUAUGAUUCUAAACUUUGGCGGGACCUUUCUAAAUGUUGGAACAGUUUUUUAGCCGGUCUUCGAUGGGAGGUGGGUGAUGGAGAGACUAUUAAAUUCUGGGCGGAUAAUUGGUUGAAUCUGGAUGAUAAUCUUUGUAAUUUAGCUCCUAAUCACAUUCCUGAUCUGGAAUUGCAUAGAACCAUUGCUGAGAUCUUUCAGCAUGGUACCUGGGAUGUUCGAUAUUUGAAGCAAUUCUUAAAUGAUGAGCUAAUCUCUAAGGUGUUUUGCGUUCCUGUUGCUUUGGAAGAUAAUACUGAGGAUAAGUUAGUUUGGUGUCAGAAUCAUGUGUCAUCUUCCUUAGUUAAGGUUGCCUACUUGAACUUGAUGAAUUUUCAACAUGCUCAAAGGAAUGUUCCCUGGAAGAAGAUUUGGGACUGGAAGGGUCCAGAAAGAAUCAAGACUAUGAUGUGGCUGGCUUUUCUUAAUAAGCUUCCAGUUAGGAGUCGUACAUGCAAAUGGAAUGGGGGUCCUAAUUUUUGCAUUAACUGUCCAAACAGUGAAGAAACUCUUAUUCAUGUCCUUAGAGAUUGUUCUCAAGCCAAAAGAUUGUGGAUAGAUUGGUUUGGUAGAAGGGUCCCCAACGAUUUCUUCACAUUAGACCUACAGCCUUGGCUCAUCAAAAAUGUGAGUAAGGGUUGGAAUUAUCAAAUUCAUGUUGAUUGGAGAGAUGUUUUCUAUACUACUUGCUGGAAUCUUUGGAAUUGGCGUAAUCAUCAUAUUCAUGAUGAUAGUUUCCGAAGGCCAAGCAAUGAUAAGCGUGUCAUUUCUGAUUUUAUUGCGCAUUUAAUUGAAGCUAGAGGUAAGAAUAGAAGCAUUCUUGGCAGCUUCCCUAAUGCCCAUCAGCCUACUAAAUGGUGUCGUCCUGAACCUGGUCGGUUGAAGAUUAACACAGAUGGUGCUUCUUCCUUAUCUAGGCAGCAUGCUAGCUGUGGAGGCCUUGCUAGAGAUCACAAUGGUGCUUUUCUGGGUGGUUUCUCUUUCAGAUUAGGUUUCUGUAAUCCUCUUGAUGCAGAACUCUGGGGUAUCCUCAAAGGCUUAGAGCUGGCCUGGGGUACUGGUGCUAGGAGAGUGGAGUUGGAAUGUGACUCAGAAAUUGCUCUUAGCAUUAUCCAAGAAGGGAGCAAUAAUCACAGAAACUCUCAGGUUGUUUCCCGUAUUCACAAAUGGCUUGCUGAAGAUUGGGAUGUUCGUUGGGUCCACACUUUUCGAGAAAAUAACAGAUGUGCUCACUGGUUUGCUUCUAGGCAUUUUGAGGAUGAUAAUAAUCUUAUUGUUUAUCAUUCUCCUCCUUCUCCUUUGUUAGAGCUCCUUCUUCAGGAUGCUUUUGUAGAUCUUUUAAGUUCUCGCGUCGUGUAA